AUGUCUCUCUUUGGUGGAAGCCAGCCUCAGGCCAAUACGUCCAUGUUCGGCAACACUGCACCGAAGCCGUCUCCCUUUGGCGCCCCGGCCGCAACCCAGCCCAACACCAGCACACUGUUCGGCGGGCAGACCCAACAGCCAGCAGCGACGGCAACAGGAGCAACCGGUGCAUUUGGCGGAAGUGCGUUCGGCGCAAGUGCCGCACCCCAGCAGAAAUCAGGAUCGAUGUUCGGAAAUCUACAGCCCCCCCAGAAUUCCUUCGGCUCAAGUGCUUUUGGGCAGCCGCAGCAGCAGCAGCAACAGCAACAGCAAGGAAGCGCAUUCGGCUCCUCGCUACAGAAACCGCAAGGUAGUCUCUUCUCCGGAGGCCAGCAGCAAACACAACAGCCAGGGGGUGCGUUAGGAGGACUUGGUCUCGGGUCCGCCACUCAACAACAACCAAAUGCCUUCGGCCAGCAGCAACCACAGCAAUCACAAUUCGGCCAGAACACGAUGACAACGCCACAGCCCCAGCAGCAACAGCCUUCUCUUUCGUCAAGCCUCUGGUCCCCCGGCCGAGCUAUUACUGGGGUGCACCGAACUGUUCCUAUGCAAGUAGCCAUCAUCAAGGAUAAAUGGGAUCCGCCCAGCCAAAGCUCGCCAUUCCGAGCCUAUCUGUACAACAAUGUCGGCGAGGAGGCCGCACCUUUCUACCAACCGGGUCCUGAGGACGACGAGUCAAAAUGGGAGGAGGCUUUGCGCAAGCGUCCGGGUCCAGGAUAUGUCCCUGUGCUUGUAAAGGGCUUCUGGGACCUCGGUAAGCGCGCGCAGCGACAAAGGGACUUCCUCACUAUGAUGCAGUCGCGGCUGCACGAGAUCAAUAAUUGCUUGACCGGGCUUCUCUCGAAGCAUGAUCUCAACCUUUCUGUCAAGAUCGCUGACUGCCGGCGCAAACACAUUAUUCUGAGCAAACGAUGCCUCUCCCUUGCUGCCAAGACGCAGAUCCUUCGCAACAGAGGAUAUGCCAUGGAUGAAGCGGAGGAACAGUUGAAGAAAAAGCUUGUUGAGUUGGAACGUGCCGUUUUCGACCCAUCUCUCAAUGGCCGCGCUGAAGAAAUCUGGGCCCGUAUGUUGGCCAUCCACGAACACUCUAAGCGACUGCAAGUGGAGAUGGAUCGCGCCGGGGUAAAUGUGGCACAAGCGGAGGAUGACAUUGAUGAACAGACAUUGAAGACAGCAAAGAAGAUUCUGGACGAUUACCACUCUCAGAUCCAGCAUCUCCAGAAGGAGAUGGAGUCCAUCAAGAACGACUUCAACGAGGUGGAGAAAGCGAUUGGGAAUUGA